GUGCUGUGGCUAUUCGCCAGCUAACUUGGCUUACGUUGAGGAUUUUUUUUUGUAAUUUAACAAAUACGUUGUUUUACGUAUUAGAUGUAUUUGUGAAAUAUAUAUUAUUUUGUUUCAUAUUUAAAAAAAAAUACUUAUUUUUUGAAUAAUUUCUUUAAGCCGAAUAUUUUCUUUAAAAUUAAUAAAAAGUUUUUGGUGUAUUUAGUAAUGUAUAAAUGUGAUAAACGACUGAACCUUCGGAGGACAUUGAGGUGAUGGUUCAUGAGUUUCGGAUGAGGGGAAGAUGACUUGGACCCGGGAGUUGGAUGAGGCUGCUACCCUGGCGACGAGACAAGGCUACUGGCACAUCAUUCUUUUCUAUCUUCUAUGUGGUCUCGCGGCGAUACCUACUUCGUUUUUAGUUUUCUCCCAGGUGUUCACGAACGCCACACCAGUCCACUGGUGUGCUCCGAUACCGGAAAUUGAUGAAUUGGAUCUUCCAGAGGACGUCGUACUGAACCUCACAGUGCCGGGGGUAGAUGGAGUUUACGAGUCCUGUCUCACUUACGACAUAGAUAUAAACGCAUUAAACAAAACACUUAAACAAAUUACUAACAGAUCCAAUAACGUACUACAGGGAUCAGUACAGAAUGUACUUGAAGAUAAACAGAUAGAGUCUGUAGGAGAUAGUAUAUUGAUGUUGAGGAAGGGACGUGUGUCCUGUAAGAAUGGUUGGCAAUUUCAAAAAGAUCUGUACACUAGGACUUUGGUCACGGAGUUUUCGCUGGUUUGCGACAGAGAGUGGUUACCAAGAACAAGCAACACGCUAUUCUGGGUGGGAUCUAUUUUCGGAAACGUAUUCUUCGGGUUAUUAUCUGACAGAUACGGGCGCAGACCCACGAUUCUACUCAUGAUAACCCUGGAGGUGCCGCUAGCUAUCGCCGCUUCAUUCCCAGGGAAUUAUUGGAUGUUCAUAGUGUUGAGGGUGGCUGGUGGACUGUUCUUCCCAGCGCUUUACCAGUUACCCUUCAUAUUAGCUUUGGAGCUGAUGCCGCCGAAAUGGAGAACUUAUGCUGGUAUCGUAGUUGGGAUGUUGUUUGGAAGCGGUAUGUGUCUGCUGGCAAUCCUGGCGUGGCUGUUGAGAGAUUGGUUUUAUCUAUCGCUCGCCUCCAGUGUUCCCUUCGUCCUUUUGUUUGGAUAUUACUGGCUUAUUCCCGAAUCACCACGCUGGUUAGUGGGGAGAGGACGUAUUGCUGAUGCAGAGAAAGUUCUCAGAGAACUUGCUAGAAGAAAUGGUAUCCGUUUGGACAGUGGCUUUCUAAUAGAAUUACAUAAAAAGGUGAAAAACGAUGACGACGAAGCACAAAUUACAAUCUUACGUAACGGUCAGGUUUUGUCGCCACAAACGAAGGAAUUGAAGCAAAGAAAGAAUGAAAUGAUUGCGUACAAACCAACAAUCAUAAUAAGUGAAGUACACGAGGAAGAUGAUAAAACUGACCACAUAGCUGAAGAAGAAACAAGAAAUAUUAAUAUUAUAAAACUUGCAGACACUAAAAGUGAUACAGAAGAAGAGCUGAGUCCCAACGACAGAAAUGAAAUCCUACAACCAAUUGACAAAUCAAAAAUACAUACAUUGAGACGAAAAUCGAUGCAAUUGGUGAACAAGAUCUUACUGAAAGAAGAGGAAGAGGAUAUCUUAGAAAGAAAUCGGUUAGAUGACCAAAACUCCGAAGGAGAUUGCAAGGCUUCUCCCCUUGAUAUAUUCAAAUAUCCUAAUUUAAGAAGGAAGUUCUUUUUGCUCACUGUCAAUUGGAUAGCAAUAGGCGUUGUGUACAACGGUCUGAGUUACAAUACACCAAACUUGGGCGUGGACGAUUAUCUGGCAUUCUUUAUAGGAGGUUUAGUGGAACUGCCAUCAUAUUUCAUUGCCUGGAAGUCCAUGGAACGGUUCGGGCGGCGGUGGGUGUUGUUCUGCUUUGUCAACGUUGGUGGAGUUGCUUGUUUAUGUUGUGCGCUAGUGCCAGAAGCUUGGCCGUGGGUGACAGUGUUUCUGGCGAUGCUGGGUCGUCUCUGUGCAGCGGCCUCUUUCUCUGUGUUCUAUGUGCACAUAGGUGAACUUCUGCCCACAGUUCUAAGAGCACAGGCCAUGGCGUGCGCGUCUUUCAUAGCCGGAAUAGGACUGUUGGCCUGCCCGUAUAUUGUGUCUUUGGCCUCCUUGUCGAGGGACCUGCCCUUGGUCAUCAUGGGCGUGUUGAGUUUGUUUGCGGGAGUCAUCACAUUAUUCCUCCCGGAAACUCUCAACCAGCCGUUACCCCAGACCCUGGGGGAUGGAGAAUUGUUCGGUCGAGAUUUUAAAGUACUAAGCUGUGUUGAGAAAAACCUUGAAUAAAUCGUUAAAUAUGAGUCGAAGAAACAGAUUAAUCGCGAAAACCAUUCUAUGUUAUGUGUCCAUAUAAAAUAUUUACAAUCACUACACUAAAAACAUUGAUGCAUUUAAAAGGUUCCAUCUAAGUUACAGCAGCAAUUCUUGCAACUAAUGUAAAGAAACCGGAAGGGAGACGCGAUGUUUUCGCGUGUAAAAUACAUCGGCUUUGUCUGUUCCUCUUUAUAUAUAUUAAUUAUAUUUAAACAAUUCACGCCCUCUAAUUGUGUAAAUAUUAAAACAGUAUUAUUAUUAUUAAAAAAACACCAAAAAAAAACUUAAUCAGCAAUUUUAGUCGUAUUACUAAUUGAUAAUAAAAUAGUUAAUGAAUUUUUUUUAUGAAAUAGUUGCCAGAAAUAUAUAGGGUAAAUGGAUUUUUUUUUUAGCAUAAAUUAAGAUAAAUUGUGGAACAUGUUGGGAAUUUAUUUUUGCACAUUAAUUAAAAAUAACAUAUUAUGUAAAUAUAUCAUUAUAUGUUUAUGUCGGUAUGUCUAGUCAGAAAAAAAUUGUGAAUCUUUUUGUACUCGUAUUAUAUCCGAUUAUAUCCUGAUUGAGUUUGAAACUACAUUUUAUUAACGAAUAUAUAUUGUGACCUUCAGUUUUAUUCAAUACCCAUAAAAUUGCAAUACUAAUAUUGCAACACUUAAAAUUUUUAUUGUAUCUAACAUUAUCGCUGCAUUCAUUUAAAUGAAACUAAGGUUUUCGGAUAUAACAACGCUUUUUUAUUAUUUUACUUACGGGACACUUUCGUGAUCACGGCUUACUGCAAAGUAACCGAAACGUCGGGGUUACGUAGUUUGUAAAGUAAUAAAAAAACCUUAGUUUUAUUUAAAAUUAUGUCUUGCUAUUUAAAAUUUUAUAAAAUGGUUACUUAAUUUAUAUCUUUAUAAAAAAAGUUAAUGAGGUUAAAGGUCAGAGUCGAAAUAAGCUAUAAGUAUUUAUUUUUAAUAAACUUAAUAUAUAAUUUUAUAUUCAUACUA